CUAAACAGGCUACAGUAGCCUACAUCUCAAUAUAUAAGUAUCCACUAAUGCAACGCUGAAAUGAAACUAGGUGUUAAAUAUUCACCUAGGCCUAAUAUUUACGUAAAUUGCUUGACUGACCCCUGCCAGGUCACAAAUUUUUUUAAAACACUUCAGAUCCUGAGGUUUCGGUCGCGGCACUGUAUUUUAUCGUCAUCACUUCCUUAUCGCUUUUUCCGCUCACCUGAGAGCGCAAGCCGCAGAAGCUCCCGCCCCUCUCGCUCCCGUCCACGCCUCUCAUUGGCCCGCCGGGGGAGUGACGUCAGGGCCGCCCCUGCAGUGUGAAUGAAUCAAGCGGUUUGUGUGACACACAGCAAAAGAACGCACGAGCUCGAACUCACGCGCGACUAUUUCACGAGGAUAACCACAGGCGCGAGGACUGUAAAAGGAGACUAUCCGGGGAGAAAAAUUAUUUUACGCACAUCUGAGAUUCUCCGACCUCCGCGAGCGGGUGCAUGUGCGCGUUUUCUCGGACUGGAUGAAAAUGAUGCAAAGUGCGGCUGUGUUGCCUGGCGAGAGCGCGGUGAAGGGUCUGCCGGACAUCCUCGGAGUGCCACUGCAACAGAUCCCUCAGUGCGCAGGCUGCAGUCAACACAUCCUGGAUAAGUUUAUUUUGAAGGUGCUGGAUCGACAUUGGCACUCAAAAUGUCUCAAGUGCGCCGACUGUCACGCGCUCCUGGCAGACAAGUGUUUCUCUCGCGCGGGGAAUGUCUACUGUAAAGAGGAUUUCUUCAAGCGUUUUGGGACAAAAUGUGCAUCGUGCCAGCAGGGGAUUCCCCCGACGCAGGUGGUCCGGAAAGCUCAGGACUUUGUGUACCACCUUCACUGCUUCGCUUGUGUAAUGUGCAGCAGGCAGCUGGCCACCGGUGAUGAGUUCUACCUCAUGGAGGACGGGAGGCUCGUGUGCAAGGAGGACUACGAAACAGCCAAACAAAAUGAUGAUUCAGAGACAGGAGCAAAACGUCCACGAACCACCAUCACAGCCAAACAGCUGGAGACGCUCAAAAGCGCCUACAAGAACUCACCUAAGCCUGCACGACAUGUGCGCGAGCAGCUCUCCUCAGAGACGGGCCUGGACAUGAGAGUAGUGCAGGUGUGGUUUCAAAACAGGCGAGCAAAAGAGAAACGGCUGAAGAAGGACGCUGGUCGGCACCGCUGGGGUCAGUUCUACAAAAAUGUCAAACGUAGUCGAGGGUCCAGUAAGACAGAGAAGGAGAGUUCAGCUGAUGAUGCAGGACUCAGCGAUAGCGAACUUAGUUUCAGAGAGGACCAGAUCCUGUCAGACCUUGGUCAUGCUAACGGCUUGUACGGAAGUGUCGGAGACGUCACGAACGGCAACAUGCUUAAUGGGAGCUUCUCCCUGGAGGGGGGUGGGCAGCCAUACCAUGACCUGCGGGCAGGAAGUCCCUACGGCCUGCCACAGUCCCCCUCAUCCAUCACUUCCCUCCCAGGCCACACCCCGCUGCUUAACAACUUAGGCUUCAACAUUGACGGCAUCAUGGGUCAGGGAGGUCAGCCCAACGUAGGUCAAGCUCUGAGAGCAAUGGCCGGCGGACCCACCUCUGACCUGUCGACAGGAAGCAGCACGGGCUACCCAGACUUCCCCACCAGCCCUGCUUCAUGGCUCGAUGAAAUGGACCACUCCCAGUUCUGAGGUCAAAGGUCAUAAUGGCAACUGCGGUACAAUGGACAAGAAAUCUGAAGAUUUUAUAGACAUCUUUG